AUGCCUCCUCCACCUGCUAAAUGGAAGGGAAAGUGUGAUUCGAAUUUCACUGCAAAGUGUAACAACAAGCUCAUUGGCGCAAGGUCCUACAUAGACGACAAACAUUCGCCAAUAGAUGAUGAUGGACAUGGCACACACACCUCCAGCACAGCUGCAGGAAAUUUUGUGAAAGGUGCCAAUGUGUAUGGGAACGCUAAAGGCACUGCGGUUGGGAUUGCCCCUCUUGCUCACUUGGCCAUUUAUAAGGUCUGUCAAGAAUUUGGUUGCGCCGAUGCUGACAUUUUAGCUGGCAUGGAUGAAGCUAUUGAUGAUGGAGUAGAUAUCCUGUCCCUUUCCCUGGGUGGACCUAGCAGGUCAUUCUAUGAUGAUCCAAUUGCACUCGGGGCAUACAGUGCCGCAAAAAGAGGUAUUCUUGUAAGUUGCUCUGCCAGUAAUGAUGGUCCAUCCAAUGGAAUCAUAUCAAACGAAGCUCCGUGGAUUCUGACAGUAGGUGCAAGCACUAUUGACAGAGAACUUAAGGCCACCGUUAUGCUCGGAAACCAAAAACUAUUCGUGGGUGAAUCAGCAUUUAGUCCUAAGGUUCCCAUUUUGGAUUUUUUCCCUUUGAUUGAUCCUUCACUGAGUAAACUCAACUUUUAUAGCCCUUAUUGCGAACCAGGUACUCUGAAUGAUCCUAAAAUUAAAGGCAAAAUUGUUGUGUGCAAGCUUGGGAAUGCUGGCAAUGUUGAAAAAGGACAAGCUGUAAAGGAUGCCGGAGGAGUUGGUAUGAUUCUUGUUAGUAUCCCUGAGCUUGGUUUCACCAAGUUAGCCGAUCCUCACGUCCUUCCAGCUCUGUUUAUUACAUUCAAUGACGGAACGGAGAUCCUUCAAUACAUGAACUCAACAUCAGAACCAACUGCAAGAAUUUUGUUCCAUGGAACAAUAAUCGGAGAUAAAGAAGCUCCGGUGGUUGCUGCAUAUUCUUCUCGCGGACCUAGCAAAGCUACUCCUGGUAUCUUGAAGCCUGAUAUAAUUGGUCCCG